GUUCUGAGCAUAAGUCCAACCACCCCAGCCGAGGGGACAGAAUUCACAAUGAUUAUCAGAAGUAUCUGGAAUUAUCUUCAACCUGUCAACUUUUGGACCUCGAUUGAGGGCUUGCCAACUCUCAUCACUGCACAGAUUGGGCUGGUGGGAAAUGCAGUUGUGCUCUGGCUUCUGGGCUUCCGAAUGCAUAAGAACGCCCUCUCAGUCUACAUCCUCAACCUGGCGGGAGCCGACUUCCUUUUUCUCUGUUUUCAUGUUAUAGUUUCUCUGAACAAACUCAACCUCACUUUCCUUUUCUUUCUCGACUUCAUCCUCAAGUAUUUACCCAUUGUAAUGAUCUGUUCCUACCUUACAGGCCUGAGCAUGUUGAGCGCCAUUAGUGCUGAGCGCUGCCUGUCCAUCCUGUGUCCCAUCUGGUACAGCUGCCACCGCCUGAUUCACACGUCAGCUGUCAUAUGUGCCAUACUCUGGGCCCUGUCCCUGCUACUGAGCAUCCUGGAUUUGUACUACUGUUUCUUCUUAUCUAUGAAUUUCAACUAUUGGUGUCAGACAUUUAGUUUCAUCAUAGCUGCAUGGCUAAUAAUUUUAUUUAUGGUUCUUUCUAUAUCUAGCCUCACCCUGCUCGUCAGAAUCCUCUGUGGCUCUCGGAGGGUGCCACUGACCAGGCUGUAUGUAACUAUUGGGCUCAUAGUUCUAGUCUUCCUCAUUUGUGGCCUGCCUAUAAGCAUCCUAAGUUUUCUGUCAUUGUGGAUUCAUAAUAAUGAUGUGAUUCUGCAUUUUUCUGAGAGGACUGCUUUAUUUCUGUCCUGUAUUAACAGCAGCGCCAAACCCAUCAUUUACAUAUUUGUUGGCUCCUGUAGGCGGGGACAAAACCUUUGGCGGCAGCAACCAUCGCUCAAGUUGGUUCUAGAGAAGGCCUUCCAGGACAUACCCGAGGUUAAGAAAAGUGGAGAAAGCCUUCCUCAGGAAACAACAGAGAGUCCAGUUGUCCCUUAAUGUAGUGAUUAUGCAAGUUCAAGUAAAGUAUUGUUUCAAAGAAAUAUUAACUCUGGAAGAUAAAUAGAUGAUUGUAUUAGGUGAAAACUUUACAUUGAUAUAGAUAUAUGUAGAGAGAGAUAUAGAAAUAGAGAUGCCAUUUAUUGAUGUGUUAUCUGUGGCUGCUUUCACAUGACAACAGCAGAGAUAAAUACAUUGUAACAGAAAUCAAGUGGCUGCAAAAACUAAAAUACUCAUUAAUUUAUUCUUGCUAGUAUGUGUAUGAAAUUAUCACAAUCAUAAAUUCUAUUUAGUGUAGGGCUUCUGUGUUUGGGAUUGGGGUCUCUAAUAAUUGAUUAGCAUGCCAUAAGCAUGAUUGUGGCAUGCUUGGUGGCUAGGAAGUUUCUGUUCAUAGGCACAGAAUGCCUGGGUGCUAGGAAAUGUCUGUGCAAAGGUACAGAAUGCCUGGCUGGUGGGAAACUUCUGUGUAAAAGACAUGGGAUGCCUGGCCACACUAGUAAUGUUUUUCUUGAGGAAGCUCUGUGUUGAGAGUUUUAUCAGUUUUGACUUUGAUCUUAGCACAUAACUUCUGGGAAUAAAGGAACUUGCUUGCUAGAUAAAUACAAAGCUUCACCAAGCUUUGGUGCUCCUGGAUCU